AAUAGCUUCAAAUUUACAUGCAGACAAGACCCUUUCACUUCUUGAAAUCAUUUCUCUUUUUUUAAUCUUAAUUAGAAAAUAGAGUGAAAGGGCUUCUUUGAGGGUCGUUUUCUUAGUGUCAAGUGACUCAGAAUGAAGAAGUCUCAGUUCAAGGCCUCUUUUUUUUUUUUCGAAGUCUUACCCAAAAGGAAGUAUGAGGUGAAUUGCAUAAACCUGAAGUACGACAGAGACGAAACUUAAAGCAGGAAGAGCCUUGCCAUCACUGUGCUGGAUGGGGACACGUGUGUCAUGUGAACAGACAUGACAAAAACAGCCCUCCUUAAGUUACUUUUAGCGAUAGUGAUCACAUUCAUUUUAAUUUUGCCGGAAUAUUUCAAGACACCAGAAGGAAAUAUAUUGGAACUAUCGUGUCUGGAAGUAUGCUUACAACCUAAUCUCACCGAUUCCCUCUCCUCCUUAAAUUUUUCUUAUGUGACUUUUCUGGAGCCAGUAAGGGAAACGGAGGCUAUAAUGGGAAUAUUUCUAAAUCACUCCAGCUUUCAAAACUUUACCGGAAUGUGCCAAGACACCACCAGCGAAUUCACAAUGUGCUCCUCGUGUUUGGUUUGUGAGUCCAAAGGAAACACGGAUUUUAUUUCUCAGGAACAAGUGCUUAUCAUGAGAGGAUCCAUGGAAGUGAAGACAAAUGAUUUUCAUUCAGCGUGUCUACACUUGAACUUCACGGUGGAGCCUGCGGUUGACCACUUGGAGGAAUAUAACAUCACCUGCACUCUAAAAGCAAAUGCUAGAAGUUCAGCAAUCAUGAAGGAAGAUCCAACCAAGGAAAUGUCUAUGAACCAUACUUGUAGAAUCAUGAAUUACUCGAAUAAUUGCAUACACAUUUCCUUGCACCUAGAAAUGGAUGUAAAAAAUUUCUAUUGUUCCAUGAAGAUCACUUGGUAUAUUUUAGUAAUAUUAGUUUUUAUAUUUCUGCUUAUCUUCACUAUCCACAAAAUACUUGAAGUCCAUAGGCAAAUGCGGAAGUGGCAGAGUCAUAAAUACAAACUUUCAUCUAUUCUGUUAAGAAGGAGUGAUUCUGAGAAGCUUCGAACAUUGAAUGAGCAGGCCCUUUCAGGGACCGUGCAGAGGCUGCCCUUGCCUCGGGUCAGGGAAGUGCUUUCCCCAAUCCCAGAGCUUGAAGUUCCUUCCCCAACACAGCAGGAGCAGUACCUUCGAAGAUCCUUCUGAAGUCCUCUGGAUAACUUGGACCAAGCGCUUUUGAAGAAUACCCACAAUUGUGUUUUGGGAAUGAGUUAACUGGUAAACACACGAGUCCAGCUGAAAAUGCACGACAGGAAACGGCAGGGACGCUGACUGGUUAGUGCAAACCAGCUCGAGAGCACUCAUUGGACCCUGGAGACCAAGGCAAUGCGAAUGUUUUCCCAGGAGGCCAUCAUGAGUCAUGGAAACAAGCUGAUGAAACCCAUGGAAAUAGCAAGAGAAGGCCUAUUCUCCUUGUUUAUCCAUCUUCAUGCAGCUUGCAAUGGCCCCAAGAUUUUGAUUUGGAGGAAUCAGCAGCAGGGUCAGCAUGAAAACCUUUUCUCUCAUCGGCUCACAUUGCAGACUCUGCUUUGCUGGCUCUUCCUGGGCAGAUGGAUUGUUUCUCUUUGGCAAGCUACUCGAGAGGGCCUGGAUGUUUGUUUCCACACUCAUUUGGAUUUACAAAUCUGGCCUCCUUUUGGCACUGAGAAUAUUAAAAAAUAUCAAAGAUACUGAAAUAAAAUGAAUUUAACUGAAAUGUUAAGUGGAACUUCAAUAUUUAAAUCUAAUAGCAAAA